UCGCAACUUUGACUUGUUGACGGUUGGUUCUCUUCGGGACUCUGGGGCUGCGUCGGAAUCUUAACCGUUUGGCGCGAGUGUUAGAAUAUUUCGAAAAUUGCCCCAAGAGUGUCAUAAAAAUGAUGGACUCACUGGACCGAAGAGGGGAAAGCCCCUAAAAAAAUGAAAUAACUUAAAAAUAAUAUUUAAAAAAAAAAAACAAAUGAUUGCAAAAUAAUUGAGGGGAUAAUCCAAAAAAUACAAUAAAAAUAGGAGUGGAGAAUGCCGAUGAAAAAGGUAUCGGUGAAGGAGUACGAUUCGCAGGAUGAGGCCAGUACCGAGCUGCUGGAAAAGCUGAAGCACUUGGAUCGCCGUGUGGAUGCCGUUGAGGGCGGAGGCGUGGCCAAGGGUGGGGCGGGCGGACGAAGGAGUACCGCCUGCUGGCAGUCGGUGAAGUGGAAGUCGGCCCUCAAUCACAUCGGACUGCUCGUCUCGCUGUCCAUCUACUGCGGCGUGGGCGGAUUGAUAUUCCGCCACUUGGAACGUCCUGCAGAGGUGGAGCGUCUCUCCCAUCUCAAGGAUGUGGUGAAAACCCACCGGGAACGCUUCAUGCACACCAUUUUGAACAACACGGAGGUGCACAAUCUCAACGAGCUGUUGGCCUUCGAGUUGGCCAAAUAUGAAGCGGCCGUUCAACUGGCGGCUGAAGGAGGGCUGCUUAUUGUGGCCGAUAAAGACUUUCCAGAGCCUUACGAGCGAUGGAGCAUUCUGCAAGCUGUGUUCUUCUCAUCGACUGUGUUAACCACCAUAGGUUAUGGCAAUAUUGUGCCAGUGACAACAGGUGGUCGGGUAUUUUGCAUUUGUUUCGCCCUCAUCGGCAUACCAUUCACCCUCACUGUGAUUGCCGAUUGGGGUCGAUUGUUUGCCACGGCUGUCUCUGUGUUUGGCAAACAUAUGCCCACCAAGCCCAAGUUCACUAACUUUAUAGGCAAAACCUGGUUCUAUGCCAUUUUGGCCGUUGGCUUCUUAGGCGUUUACUUGGCCGCUGGUGCUGGUCUUCUUUUGCUCUGGGAAGAUGACUGGACCUUCUUCGAUGGCUUUUACUUUUGUUUCAUCACCAUGACAACCAUAGGAUUUGGUGAUUUGGUGCCAAAGAAACCCAACUAUAUGUUGCUGUGCACUUUGUAUAUUCUCAUUGGCUUGGCCCUGACAUCGACCAUAAUUGAGCUGGUGAGACGGCAAUAUGCCACCAGUUGGGCCAAGUUGCAGGAACUUUCUGGUCCCAUGGCGGAGACCUUACGUCGUUUGGGGGAAACAGCAGGCACGGGCUUAGAUUACACAGCACUGCAAAAGGUUCUUACGGUUUCCAUGCCCAAGUGGAAUAGCAAGAAGAACGAACAUAGUCCCGAUAUUGCAGCCUUGGAAGCCAUCACCAAUGCCAUAUUGAAGGAGGUCAAGGAGGCACAGAAUAACAAGCCGAAGGUUCUGCAGAUUGUUAUCUACGAGUCUUCGGUCUAAACUCAUUUAAAAAUAGUUUAAAAAAACUAAAGAAAACCAGACAGCUAGAGAGCUUCCAUCGUUUAACAAAAAAAAAGUGCUGCAUAAUUUUGGGCAAAUCGGCAAACCAAAAACAUUUCUAUAUCAAGAAAAAAAUAUCAAACGUAGUUAGGCUGCUGAACGUCACCCAUGGGCUACAGUGAGCACUGGCUACUGUAGCACUGCCAGACUUCCAUAAGUUAGUGUCCGUACUUAUAGCUAUUAUAUAGUCAAAUGUCUAGGCAAAUAACAUUGCUCAUACGUACUGAGGCCACUCACACACACACACACACACACGCACACACAUACUCUUACACACAUGCAAAGCGCGGCAGGUGAUUUAAUAUCUAUCUAUAGUCAUAGAUAAUAUAUGUUUUUUUUUUUGAGGAUUUCUAACCGUAUGAGGUAGCUUAAGUUAUCGGUAAUCUUAAUUGUAAUUCAUGUCCAUACCAAGCAUAAAUGUCAUCUUAAAAAUAAACCACGAAAAAGACUUCAAAUCUA